AUGCUGCGCCAGGCGUGGCUGCUUGCGGCGCUGUUCGCCCUGGUUGCCAUGGCGUCGGCGUUCAACUUUGACGGCCUGCACCUCGACGGCAUCAACGAGUACCUGCACCACAACGAGAAGCGCCAGGCCUCGGGCACCGCCGGCAACACGCCCGCCUCGUCCGCCCCGGCAGCGUCCUCGACACCAGCGGCCUCGUCGACACCGCCUGCAUCGAGCGCAGCGCCCGCCUCGUCUGCGGCCCCGGCCUCGUCGGCAGCUGCCUCGUCGGCCGCCCCUGCUGCCUCGAGCGCUGCACCUGCCUCGAGCACAAACGACGCCGACUCGGCCACGGCCACUGCGAGCAGCACCGUCCCCUCGAGCGAGACGCAGGCCGCGGGGUCCACGGCAGCCACCACCACCACCGCCGCAGCCUCCUCGUCUCGCCGCACCACGGCCAUUGUCCGCACCACGCCUCUCGUCUCCACCUCGGUCCAGGUGUACACCACCGUCUACAGCACCAUUGUCAACGGCCAGACUUCGGCUGUCACUAGCACUGGCUCUAGCACUGUCCUUGCCACCACCGGCGCCGCCACCGUAACCGACGCGCCAGAGGCCCAGAGCGGCAGCAGCGGCGGCGGCGGCGGUCUGAGCGAGAGCAAUAAAAAGGUCAUUGGCGGCGUCGUCGGUGGUGUCGGUGGCGCUCUCCUCCUCGGCGGCAUUGCCCUCGUCUUCUGGCGCAUGAAGAAGCGCCAGAGCCGAGUCACCGAGGACGACGACGACCUCAUGGCCGGCACCGGUGCAGCCCUCGGCGACAAGCCCGCCAACACGGGCGCCUCGCCCUUCCAGUCGAAUCUCGAGCAGUACCACAACCCCGGCGGACGUCCGAACGCAGCAGCCAACUUUUAA